AUGUUAGCCAACUUUCUCCCAUCUUCAGGGCUUAUGAAUGACAAUGAACUUCUGCUGAAUACGGUGGCCUUGUGUAUCCUCAUAUACACCAUUAAUGUAAAUAUGUGUAUCCAAUUUAUUAGUGCUUCGGUGACUUUGGCAUCAUUAAACAUUUUAUUGAUUCUUUUGAUUCCAUGGCCAAUUUCAGUAGCCUUGACAGUUUCAGCAUCUAGAAGAGUUUUACAACAACGGCCAAUUUCAGUAGCCUUGACAGUUUCAGCAUCUAGAAGAGUUUUACAACAACGGUACAAGGAGUUGCACAGUUUGGCUUCUAAUCAGGAACAGAUAAACUUCUCCUACAAGGAAAUUGAACAUAAGGUUAAAAAGUAUUGGAUGAUGGCAGAGACUGAAGAAAUACAGAAUUGUUGGAGCCUAGUAGCAGAGACAUUAACUGCCAUUGCACUUGCUCUUCCCAACAUUGCAAAUGGCCAAAUCAAGGGUUUGCUUGACAACAUGAGGGAAGGUCUCCAGUUUGUAAGACAUAUCGAAGAAAGCCUCAAUACAAAUGGUGAGUUGGUAAGGGCAAGAAAAGCAGCUAGACAUGUGUGGAUGGAUGUUGAAGUAUACUGCAAGUGGCUACAAAUUGAUCUACAAAAGAAGGCUCGUAAAGGAGAAACAUCACAGAAAAUUCUUGAAUGCUUGGGUGAUGAAGCAGUAAGUAUUGUGAUACAGUUCAAGGCAAGGAAAAAUGUAACUCUGGAUCACUCACUCUGUAAGUUCAUUGCUGCAAGUUCUAUGUACAGGAUCAGCCAAACCAUAUUGCUUCUCUGCAAUGAGCAAAAUAAUUGA